ACAAUUGAGCCAACAUCUUCAACCACAAUUGUGCCAACUACUUCAACUGAGGUAACAACAACCGAGGCAACAACAACCACAAUUGAGACAACAACCACCACAAUUGGGGGAACAACAACCACAUUUGAACAAACAACAACCACAAUUGCACCAACUGAUUCAACCACAAAUGAACCAAUGACUACAACAGAGGCAACAACAACAAAACCAACAACCACAACAGAGGCAACAACAACCACAUUUGAACCAACAACCACAAUUGCACCAACUACUUCAACCACAAAUGAACCAACAACAGCAACCACAAUUCAGACAACAACUUCAACCACAAAAGAACCAACAACAACAACAAUUGAACCAACAUCAACCACAAUUGAGGCAACAACAACUACAACUGAACCAAAAACAAUCACAAUUGGGCCAAUUUCUUUAACCACAAAUGAACCAACAACUACAACUGAGGCAACAACAACCACAAUUGAGACAACAACAACCACAUUUGAACCAACAACAACCACAAUUGAGGCAACAACUUCAACCACAAAUGAUCCAACAACCACAAUUGAGGAAACAACAACCACAUUUGAACCAACAACAACCACAAUUGCGCCAACAACUUCAACCACAAAUGAAAAAACAACUACAACUGAGGCAACAACA